AAAACGUGUUUCUAAUGGUUGUAUGUAUAGAGCUUAGAAUACCUUUAUUUUUGGUUGGCAAACCAGGCAGUUCCAAAUCAUUGGCUAAAGCUAUUGUAGCUGAUGUGAUGCAAGGGAAAUCAUCACGAUCGGAUUUCUUCAAACAUUUCAAACAGACCCACAUGCUAUCAUUUCAAUGCAGUCCGUUAUCUACAGCCGAGGGUAUAGUUAGCACAUUCAAGCAGAGUGCUAAAAUUCAGAAAGAGAAAAAUUUGGAUACUUUUGUUGCCACUGUUGUUUUAGACGAAAUCGGUUUGGCUGAAGAUUCUUCACGAAUGCCAUUAAAGACAUUACAUCCCCUACUUGAAGAUGGCUGUGAAGCAAAUGAAGCCCGUGAACCACAUAAAAAGGUUUCGUUUGUUGGAAUAUCAAAUUGGGCUUUAGAUCCGGCUAAAAUGAAUCGAGGUAUUUCGGUCCAGAGAGAAGUACCAGAAACUAAAGAGUUAAUAGAUACUGCAGAGGGUAUUUGUCAGAAUUCAUCAAAAGUACACAACUUAAUAAAACCUGUACUGAAGAGCCUAACUACAUCUUAUUUAAAAGUAUUUGAAGAAGCUAGACAAGAAAGGGAAUUUUUUGGUCUGAGAGACUUUUACAGUCUGGUAAAGAUGGUUUAUUCGUUUGCUGAAAACAAUACUGAAACUCCCUGUUGGCAUCAGUUAGAGCAUUGUAUACGCCGAAACUUUGGAGGACUAGACUCAAUUGAUGCCGUGGAAAUAUUUGGUCGUCAUAUUGAAAAUGUCAGAUUAGAUGAAAGACGUCAUGAAGGAGAUCCAAGUUGUACACCUUUCGAUCUGAUUAAAGCUGGACUUUUUGGAAAUCAAAGUGACAGUCGUUAUUUACUACUUCUUACUGAAAAUUAUGAAGCUUUGGGGAUUUUACAAGAACAAAUAUUACAGAACCAUAAAGUACAAACAAUCUUUGGAUCUAGUUUUCCACGAGAUCAGGAAUACACUAAGGUGUGUAGGAAUAUUAAUCGUAUUAAAGUAUGCAUGGAAACUGGACAGACAGUCAUUCUACUGAAUCUAGAAAAUCUUUAUGAAAGUCUGUAUGAUGCCUUGAACCAGUACUAUGCAAAAUUUGGAGGUGAACGUUACGUGGAUUUAGGACUUGGAUCUCAUCGUGUCAAAUGUCGAGUCCACAAGAACUUCAGGCUUGUUGUUGUGGCUGAAAAAACUACUGUUUAUGACAAAUUUCCAAUUCCAUUAAUAAAUCGUCUAGAAAAACAUUUCUUAACCCAAAAUAACAUAAUGUCUGAAGAUCAAGCUAAAAUGUCUGAAAAGUUGAAGAAAUGGGCUGAACAAUUGAUACAAAAAUCAACUUCUUAUAGUUAUAGUACCAUUGAUAAACACACUGUUACUGUUGAAGAUGCGUUCAUGGGUUAUCAUUCUGAUGCUGCAGCUUCUGUUGUGAUGAAAGUUUGGACAGAUUUUUCUACAGAAGAAGAAGAAAUGAAAUUUAUUGAGUGCAAGAAAGCAUUACUAUGGUGUUGUAGUCCAGAAAUAAUACUACAGAUAGAAAACAGACAACUAUUUACAGAGAAAGAGUUUGCACAAACUACUUACUUUGAAGAUCAACAACAUACAGAUAUUUUUAAAUAUGUAAAUGAAAACAUUACAAAUAGGACAAAACCUCUGUUUGCCCAGAUUACUACUCAUUCCGCUUUACUAACAGAGGAUGCAAAACGAUGUUUUACUCAUGAUACCCGUCUUCUUCAUUUACAAUCUUUUGAUACGGAGCAACAGUUCUGUAAAGAAAUAAGGUCAUUUAGUCAGAAAGCUGAAGAUGAGACUAGAAUUUUGAUUAUUCAAAGCGAUUCACAGAUUGCAAACAGAAGCUUAGUUAAAUGUGCUCAGUAUUGUGUAGAUGAUAAUUUACCAAAGGAUCUUGUUAAUUUUCAUGUUAUAUUUAUUAUACAACUGGAUAGAAUAUCUCAACAACGAUUUACUGGAUACCAGGGUGGUAAAUGGCACUGUUUACAUAUUGAUGAUUUACAUCCAACCAAAGACUUUGGUGCAACUUUGAUGCAGAUGCAACAUCUGUCAAUGGCUGAUUUAUUUAGAAGAAGUGAUUACCGUUGUGAAAUAUCAGAAGAACCAAUAACACCAAAUGAUAUUCAACCGGAAGGAAAGACGAGUCCAGUAUUUACCGACCAGUAUAUUAUAUCACAGAUUACGGCCCGUGUACAAGCAGCUGUUGGUAGAGUAUCAGACGAUAAAAAUCUGUUUGGUAGACCAGCAGAUAGAGUAUCUAUAUUACUGCGUUUACUUAAUGACGCUGAGGGGGAAUUUAGUCAAGGGAUAAUACGUUUAAUAAGCUAUUUAAUUAAACAAAAAGAGGAAAAGAUGGGGAUAUAUUUUGCCGAAAAGUGGUUGGCUAAGGAAGCCUGUAAACCUGAUAAUAUCAACAAAGCAGGAACGUUCAGGAGAGCCUGGUGCCAAUAUCUAGAAGAGAAAAUCACCCCUAUACUUGCUGGUAUAAUUGCCCACAUUGAUAAGAAUUUAAAUCUAAACAUCAUUGUUGAGAGCACAGAUUGGAAGAAAUCGGUCUGGUUGAAGAUUCUAGGCAGACCUUCGGUGUGCGGUUUGAAAUACACAGAUCUAAUAUCAACAGAGAAAAUGGAAGAAUUAAAUGAAUUUGUUGUUCGUAAUACGGGAUAUGGUCGACAAUCCUUCCAAGCAAUAUUUCCAUUUUCUUGGUUAUUCUAUGAUUUGACUGAAACAGCACUCCAUACAUCAGUUCGUGAAGAUCCAAGUUUGACAGGUGAAGAAAUUGUAAAACAUACAGUUCACGUUAUUGAAAAAAAUGAACUAUUCAAGAUACUAGACAGAUUUGUUGUUUCUAAAGAAGAAAUGUUCAGCUCUUAUAUGAGUGAUUUUAUUGUGAUGACGUAUGGCCCUAAAGACAAAGAUAUUUUUGAGAUUUUAUAUGAUAUUUUAUCAAGUGCCUUGAAGCAGCGUGGAUUUCAUGUAGAAGAUCUGGAUAUCAGUUUCAUUAUAGCUGUUGUACAUUAUAUACAUACCAUAGCUCAAUAUAGAAUUCAACACUUUCUGGAAAUUAUUUACCUCAAGCCUGAUGUUUUACGUGCGAUAGUUGAUAUGAAGGCAGAGAAUACUGGUCAUUGCUUAUUGAACAAAAAUUACAUGACAGAAGAUGUUUUGGGAUUAUGUGCGUUUAUGGAGAUGAUGACACCACAUACAGGCAAAUUGGACAAUCCAGAUGGUAGACGAGAUUGGUAUAAAGAAACAUGUAGAUGUUUACCAGUAGCUGAAAAAAUACUGGAUUUUAGUUCAUCAACAAAAACAGUUAAAGGACUGGAGUAUCAUGAUGCUUGUAGAGAUCAGUUAACACAAAUAAGAUGUUUGUGGACGAAAAUUGUUACUAUUACACUGUUCGUUGAGCAUUUCUCACCAGCAGAUGAAUCUACUGCUGCUCUAUAUCAAUCCCUCAAAUGGCAGAUACUCUGGCAUUUAUUAAAAGAAGAUGUCGACUUGCACAAUUUGGAUUCUUUAGAAAAGGUUGAAAAAUUCCUGAAAUUAAUAAACAAAGCCGUAUUACACAAGCUUCUGGGGGAAGUAGCAUCUUGUACACAGUGUAAUACCAAAUUCGAAUCGGCACCAGUAAAACUUCCAUGUGGUAAUAAAAUCUGUACUGAAUGUAUGAUUGACAUGCAAGAAGAUGGGGAGAAACACUGUCGGCGGUGCGAAAGAGAAAACCCAGACAACUUUAAUGCUGCGGCUUCAAACCGGGAAAGCUCGAGACAAUUAAAGACCUUUCAUAGGCAUUGUGACUCAUUUCUGAUGGCCAUGGUAUCUAAACUGUGCUUUAGUUCAAACACCGCACCUAGUGAAGAUGUUGUACACAGGUUGAUGGAAUAUAUAACAGUUAAAAAAACAGCUAGAACUGGAGAAUUAAAUGUUCAUCGCGUCAAAACGAAACCAAUGAGUUUAUUCAUUCAUGAAAUUGACCGUACUCCAAUAUGCAGACUCUUUUUCCUGAAACUGCUUAUUCGUCAAAGCGCUGAAUACACAUCAAGUUAUCUACAUGACUUUUUCGAGGACGCUAAACAAUUAAUUGAACAAACUAGUAGAAGAACAUCAAAAGUAAAUAAAUCUUCUCUGGUAGAAUUCAGUGCUUUGGUUUCAUAUUGCCUGGAGGAUGUAUAUUAUGAAAACGCUUCUGACUUUACAGACCAGUGUAUCCAAGAAAUAGAUGCAGCCACAAAAAGCUUAAAGGCAGCUGCAGAAUAUUUCAGACAAAGAGAUAAAGAUGAGAUUUCUGUGAUAGAGCAACUCGAGAAUCUAGUGCGUUGUAGAUAUGGACUGGUUGUAGCAGCUAAAUAUCUCCAUCAUUUCUUUAUUUCAAAAAGCUUGAAUAUGUCAGAGGAAUUCCGUUCAUUGGUAGAAGCCAUUAGAAAUGUUAUCAAAAUAGAAACUACAAUGAUGUGGCCAAAGAUGUUUUUGUUGAAACAAAUUUGCCGAAAAUAUGGAACUGACUGUUAUGAAGAAAUUAUGAGUAAUGACCAAUACAAAUGGAUUGGUUUAGAAAGAAAAAGGCAAAUGGUUCCGGAUAGAUAUGUUAUUUAUGGUACAGACUACACAAAUGUCCUGCAGACACUAAGACUUGUUGAUUUAGGAGACGAUAUUAAAACACUACACAGGAGUUUAAAGAAAAUAAACAAGAAAAGACAAGAAUUCAUCUUUUUAAUGGUAUUACAGAAUACAGUAUCAACAUUUGAAAAUGAAAAAACUAAACAAAAGCUUGAUGAAUUCAUCAAAGGCAAUGAUAAAUUCCAAUUAAAGAAUGUAGCACUUGAGUUUUUAUCAACCUCAGAAGAGCAGAAGAAUCAAUAUAUAGGUGUUACUACUACAAACCACAUAGAAUCUAAAAAUUUGGAGAGUUUGCUCUAUCACUGGUUAAUAGUUUUAAAUUCGGCAUCUAAAGGUGGAUUGUUACAACCUUUGUAUACAUUAUUAGUGGAUCCCAGCAGUAUGGAGGGGGUGUUUUUACCGACAAUGCCUGAAGAAACUCUGGCGGAUAUAUCAAUGGUAAUAAAAGCAAUGAUAACUCGAGCAGACCAGGUCACUGUAUACAGGUGUCCAAACGGUCAUGCUUAUCUUAUCGGCGAGUGUGGUAGGCCAUGGGGAGUUAGCAGAUGUAAUGAAUGUAAUGCGGAAAUUGGUGGCGUGCGCCAUAAAGCAGCAGACGGAAAUACUAUAGAUGAUGGACAUGAUAGAUCAAAGACGGGUCAUAUCCUGGGUCAAGCAGAUCAGCGUCCAUUAGAAGCCAUUCCAGAAAGAUCUAUGUCACCAUCUGUUUGUGCUAUUAUACGAAUGAUGACUCAUAUGUCAAUGAUGUUGGGAGCCAAACAAAAUCCAGAGGGUGUAGCAAAUUUGAUUAAUCCACCAAUUAAUGAAGAUGUUGAAGUUUACUUUACAUGUCAUUUGCAAAAAGAUGUAGCUGUGCUACAGAAGGCACUACAAAAGAGUUCAGAUGAUGUUUAUCUGCUGAUUCAUCUUAUUUGUCAACACCUGUUAUAUAAUUUACCAACAGGUGGCGGAAUUCAUUUGUUGGACACCAAAGAAAGUAGAAAGAACUGGGAAGAUGAAGUAUCAGCAAUUAUAUCCCAAAUUCUGCAGAGUAUGGAAGGCAGACUGGCCAAUGCUAAUCAAACGAUUGUGGAAAAUAGCAGUUCAGAUGAAAGUAAUCUUCUCAAAAUACUGUAUGAAGUGGACAGUCCAGCAGAAAAUACGGGUUUACAAAACCUUGAAACUAAUCCUAUUCUUUGGCGAUACAGAGAGAGGAUAACCGUGGAACAUUUCUUGAGACAAUUCCAACUUAAAGUUAUAGAUCAAGACAAUCAACGUGAUGCACAAACCUUCCAGUUGAUUCGAUUAUUCAUGCAAGAAAAAUAUUGUUUACAAGUCUUGCAGUUUUUACCAGAUAUAAUAAAACUACAGUAUACUCUUGUGAUGACAUUCUGUCGCAAGGUGGACAGGAGCGGAGCUAAACGUUUAACUAUAGGAACUGUUUUAAACGAAUGUUUUGGUGGCAAUGAUGAGAUUCGUUUGCAAUUUGAAAAUCUUAUUCGUACCUGGGAAACUCUCAAGGAAAAACUUAUUUCUCAUGUGUGCCAUCUCAGGGAUGGAGGCAGACUUGUAAUUCCAGAUGAAUUCCACAAUAUGAAGAUGGACAAGUCAACAAAGCUAGACUUUAUAUUGCCAUCUGUCAAAGGCCCAGGAGUCUGUUCAUAUAUCAUGACUGAAUACUUACUUCGUAAACAUAACAGCUGUUUAGAAAGUUAUUGUUUACUAACUAACCAGAGAUUUGAAGAUGUUCCAGUCGUUGAAAUAAAGGACAUUAGUUCUUACCAUUUGAUAGCUUUCCACCUGGAAAAGGAUAUUCUACCAUUAGUUCUCAGUAACUGCAAUUAUUCAUUUCAACUUGAUAAAUCCGAACCCGAGGAGAUCUAUGAUUUUGGUGGAUUUGAAAAUCAAUUAAAGGACACUGUAUUCACUCGUAAAUCCCGUAUUAAAACAGAAGGUCAUAUUAUACCAAUUGAUGCUAUGUUGUUUAAAGCAGAUUCCAGUAAUGCUGUUGUAUUUAGUGCUUUAAGAAAUAAAAUUCCACAGGUAUCGCUGAAACUGGUAUUAAAACAUCAAUUAUGUGAAGAAAUACAGAAGUUACCUGAUAUAUGUGAUUCCCUCAACAAUUUAGAUAUUGCUAACUCCUUCUUAAAAUCUCUUGGAGGUGAUCCAGAAGCUAAUUUACAUCAAUUCAUGUCGGGCACUCUGAAGAUGAAAACAACAAUAUUUUCUCAAACAGCAAGAAAUGAAUGCCAGUUUAAACAUCUCCAAUGUUUGUGGUUGACAUUGUCAUUUGAAAAAGACAAAAGAUUGGCAGCAAGCAAUAAGGAGUCGUUUGUAGAUUUAGAUGAUGAAGUAAAGAAGGAGAUAGAAGACAAUGAUGCUGAAUAUUUCCGUCAAACAUAUCAGCAAUAUGGUGUAGACAAAUUGAAUGUUUUAUUACAUGUUAUUUAUGACUCUAUCUUACUUCGUAUUGCACAAACUAAAGAUCCCGAAGAUGAUGUUGAUUAUCGAGCAAUGAGGUUACGAGAUAUAUUAAUAGGUGAAUUUGAUUCACCACCGUAUACAGAACCUCCAACAGAACUCAUACAAUUAAACAUAGAAAUGUUUAAUGACUGGCCAGAGAGCGUUUUAGGAUCACAGGCUAUACAAGUAUGGAAAUUACUUCUUGAGGUUUACAUGAAGAAAGAACGAGAAUUAUAAUACUAUAUUAUAUAGAAAAAUUUGUAUUUUUAAUAUGAAUUGUUUUGUUUUAAGCGUUUUCAUACAUUUUUACUUUAAAACUAUGUUUGUAUGUAUUAAUUUGCAUAGUAGGUAUGUUACAGAUGUUGUAUAAAAUAUCACCGUUUAUUUAUUAAACUUUAAACCAUUUACAAACACACUCACCUUUUCUUUUUUAAAUUUAAUAUAUUUUAAUUUGUGUACAUUAUUUUUUAAUCGAAACUUUUCUAUAAAAAUACAAUUUCAAGAAUUUUUCAACUUGCGUGCAAACCUAAAAUUAUCUUGAUAUACAAUCCACCAAUGACUUUCAAAAAACAUUAAAUAAUCCAUAUCCAAAUACAUAUUGAUUCCAGGACCUGUGAUGUCUAACCGCCAAGAUAAUAGGUCUUUUUGAUAGUCUUCAAACAUUUAUUUAAAACUAAGGCCUUUUUUUUAAAUGUAGCUUCGCUUGAUGUUAUUGUUCUUCUGUAGAGCAGUGUUUAUAAAACAGAAAGACAUUUUUGAUAAUCGAUGUUAAAUAUUAAACAUUUUUACCACUUUAAUUGUUAAUCAUAAUGAUUUUAUUUUGACAUUUUUCUACUAGUUUUUAUCUGCUUAUGCCAUUCUAGUGUUGGCAUCCAUGAAUGUCCGUAGGUCCGUCAAGAAUUGCGUUGUAAACAGUUUUAAACAGGUUAUUUUAUUUUUUUAAAAAUUGGGUGCAAAACAUUGGGGUCAUUAUAGGACGAACCAUAUCGAUAUUCAGUUCCCCCACCGCUGUUUCCAUAUAAUUUCUUAUUUCGAUCAAAUGAUAUAGAUCUUAACAGUUUGUUUCCAAACAGGGGCGGAUUGGGGCCGAGAACCGGCCCGGGCUCCCGUGUCAGAGCGGCCCCUUUUACUGACCGCGGAAAAUUGUGAAAAAUGAACCCCAAAUAUGCGAUCUGAUUAUAAUCUCUGUCAAAUAAUAUAUCUCAUAAAUCGAUUAAUUUAGGCCAAAACCCCGACCUGCAAUUAAUUUACAACCAUCAACCUGUGAAACUAUCAUAUCGUCAUAUUAUUAAUUAACGUAUUAUCAUUGUAUCGUCAAGAGUCAAGAGAAUUUAACUGGUUAAAAAAUGGGACUAGUUGAGAAAAUUUUGAAUAUUUGAUUAACCAGUUAGUAAUGGAUAAGUAGGAAUAUUUUCAUUGAAAAAUGUCCCAUUUUUGUUGCCGGGAGCGCUAGUUGAUUCCUCCUAUGAUGAGGGAGCCACGGUGGCUGGGUGGUUAAGACGCGGACUCGCUAGACUGGAGGUCGGGUGUUCGAUCCCUGCAUUGGCCGAGAAAGUUCAUCUGGAUUUUCCGACGUGGUUUCCCCUUGUCAGUGAUGCAGGACAGAGGGCCUGACAAGGACAGCUGUCUAGUCAUUCGGAUGAGACGAAAAACCGAGGUCCCGUGUAUACAUUAGAAUGGCAGUUGGAAUUCGAUAUAAGAGUAGGCGAUAGUGCCGCUGCCCGGGCAAAAUUUCCCCCAUAGCACACUGUGGCGUAUGCCCGUCUUCAUUAGCCCAGUAUAGGAGCAGAACAGUAGGACGUUAAACCCCAUUUCAUUUCAUUUCAUUUCCUCCUGUGAUGGAAGGCCACGAGACACAUUGGUACAGAGUGACUAAAGUGAAAUUCACGACAGCUGCUUUUUUGAAUUUUGGAUUUGUUCUGCCAGGUAAAUUAUUUUACCUUGACUCCAAACUUGACAUUUCUGGCGUAUCCGCACAAACAGGGUGCAGGUGACGUAAUAAUUAGUAAAUUUGCGGUUUUUAUUUCUGUGACGGUUUUAUAUCGAAAAACCGAAAUAUCGCCCAGCUCUACUGUGGUCCUGGACGGACGAACCCUAUCGAUAUUCUGUUUUGAACGACCUUUUAGUAUUCCACAGUUACCCUUCCGUUUUCCGAAUACAUUGUAAACUCGAUAGAGAAGAUUUUUUCUCAAAUAUGCUGUGAAGCAUUCGGGAUAUGAGGACGAACCCUAUCGAUUAUUCAGCAUUUCGCCACACUCUAUUCCGAAAAUCAUGUGAACGCGAUAGAGACUACAGCUUUGGUGUGAAGCCUUGGGUCAUGCCGAUAUAAAUCCUAUCGAUUUACAGCGUUCUGGAGUAACCCUUGGUUUCGAAAACAUUAUGAAUUUGAUAGAGGCUUCAGUUUUGAAUGGAUUGUUUUCCAAUUUGGCGUAAAAGAUUAUGACUGUGAGACGAUGAAUCCUAUUACUUUUCAAAUUUAGUGUGAAGCAUUCGGAUCGAAGAUAAAUAACCAUGUUGAUUUUCAGCAAUCUAGGAGUUUCUGUUCCAAAAUUAUAUUAUGUGUCCAGAAAACCCUGUGAACAUAAUUACGAUCAUCUGUUUCUUGAAGACAUAAAUGAUCCUUUUCAAAUUUGGUCAGUUCGGGUAUGUACAUGACUGUCUGUGUUUUGUUAAACAUAGCUGCUGCGUGGGUGUAUCUCAGGGUUUUGAGUGGCACUCGAUCGUUAUAUCUGAUAUCACAUGAAUAUAGUAUAAUGUAUGAAUAUAGUAUAAUGUGUAGGUUGUCACCUUUAUUGUGAUAUAUAUUAAUGUAAUUACAUGUAACUCAGUAAUUUUUAUCCUGUGCAAACCGAAGGUAGCGGCGAUAUUGAAAUCUGCCCAUUCGUCCUGCCGUCUUCGGGAUAUCUUUAUGAGACGGCACGCACAUCAACCUUUCCGUUUUCGUGAAUCCCUGAUACUUUUGGGUUCACUUUAUAAAUACACUUCUAGUAUUUGGUAGUUGAUUACACCUAUAACACAGAGAUUAGCAAUCUCUAUACCUUCUAGAACACGUCAAAGGGCGCUGAAUCUUGAUAACUGAGUAUUAUUGUUCAAGUUUUAUGUUUUGCUUAUUUCUUUACUAUAAAGUUUUUAUAAAAUACAAUUGAUCUAUUUUGUUAUUAUUGAUCAAAAGGUUUCUGUGACUCAUGGUUGCGUAGGGUUCCAUAAUAUAAAGAUAACAGCCAAUUUUAAUGGAGAAAUAUAUUUCAGUGAACAGAAUCGGUUAACUAUGUGAGCUCUUAGAACCAAUUAUUCAAGCCUCGAGCAACCUCCUGUAGCUAUGUUACCGGGUAUACAUUUUCAAAGAAAUAUUAAUGGCCACAGUAGGCACCAUUUCGGUCACUUCCUGUGAGCGGUUUCAAGCACAUCAGGUUACCACAUUAUUAUUUCAUGUGGCCCGCCUGAAGAUCGCAAAAAUCAACCGAUUCCAGUGGAACUUACGAUCAUAAUAAUGUAAAUAUUUAAGGGACGACUGUUGACCAUACAAUAAUAAACCGAUUUCUCUGAAAUCUAUAGAUUAUGAUAACAUUAAUAUAUAUCUCAGAGUAGACUACCACCCCACCCCCACCCUGCUCAGCUACAUAAUUUCUUUUGUAAAUCAACCCUUUUUAUGGGAAAAGUGUGCUUUAUCCUUUAUCGUCAGAUGUGGGACAGGAUGGGCACUCAAAGCACGAGAUAAUGAUAUAGACAUUAUGUGAUAUCACAAUUAAUGCUUUGCAUCCAUGAAAUUGAAUCACAAUGUCAUUGUAUUAAUUCAUAAUAAAAAUUGACGUCAAA